UUUCAACACGAAAAUGUUACAAAGUUUUCUCUUAUGCAAAAAUUCAAAUAUCAGAAAUCACCACAUUGUGUCAAAAAAGGCGAUGUCAAGGAUCUGGACAAUGGACGUGAAAUAAUAAUAUUCCAAAGGGAUUCAAUUCAUGGUCCAAGACAUUUAACAAUCAAAUUAUUAAGUAAAGAUGGCAUCGAAGGGAUUUAUGAUGUUAUGGUAAGAUUCUUACCUCCUAAUUCGCAGCAUACCAUAGAAUCUUUCAAGUGUAUCUUUAAGAGAAUUGGCGAAAAUAUUGCCCAAACCCAAAUUGCCAACUACAAUUCCAAACAAGAAAAAUACGAAUUUGAAUUUAAAAAUUUGGAAAGCGAUUCUAUAUAUUACCUAAAUAUAGACACCAAAUACAAAAACGAUACAAUAAAUCACAUUUCCUCAAGUCGCACAUUCAAAUAUCAAUGCAUCGGCUGCAGAUUGAUCACACCGAACACGUCGCCGUUUAUUAAUCACGCCGGUUAUCCGCCGAUACUCAUAACGGCGGAAUAA